UUUGACUUUGACAUGUUAUCAGUAGUUUAUGUUAUUUGGUGUUAAUCUGUUAAAGGCUUGUUUUUGUUGUUAAAAUAUAAAAGUGCAUAUUAAUUUUGUUUUGAGCACGAUAGGUUUAUAUUUCUUUUACGGAAAAUUAGUUUUAUAAAUUAUUUGUUAUUCCCAUCGUCAUUAAGUGAAUCACUUGUGUUAAUUGAAUCAAAAAGCAAGAACUAUGGAUUCUAAUCAAACGGGGUACAUAUCACCAUUGAGUACCAGAUAUGCUAGUAAGGAAAUGCAAUAUUUAUUCAGUGACCAAUUUAAGUUUUCAACAUGGAGACGCUUAUGGAUUUGGCUAGCUGAAGCAGAAAAGCAACUUGGAUUAGAAAUAAGUGAUUCUCAAAUAAAAGAAAUGAAAGAAAAUGUUGAAAAUAUAAAUUUCGAAGAGGCAGCUAAAGAGGAAAGUAUAACUCGGCAUGAUGUUAUGGCGCAUGUUCAUGUUUUCGCAAAACAGUGUCCAUUAGCAGCACCAAUUAUACAUUUAGGUGCAACAUCAUGUUUUGUGGGAGACAAUACAGAUUUAAUUAUUAUAAAAAAUUCGUUAUCUCUUCUUUUGGAACGAGUUGUAUCUGUUAUAUAUUGCCUUAAAGAAUUUGCAGAAACUUGGAAAGAUUUACCCAUUUUAGGGUUUACGCAUUUACAACCUGCUCAAUUAACUACAGUUGGAAAAAGAGCAUGCUUGUGGUUACAAGAUUUAUUAAUGGAUGAGCGAGCUCUAAAACGUUGCAAAGAUGAUUUAAGAUUUAGGGGUGUAAAAGGAACAACGGGAACUCAAGCCUCCUUCCUUCAACUCUUUGCUGGAGAUAGUAAUAAAGUUAAAGAACUAGAUAAACUUGUGACUAAAUUAGCUGGUUUUGAACGUCCUUACGCAGUAACGGGACAAACAUAUUCAAGAAAAGUCGACGUUGCUGUAUUGGGUGCUAUUUCAAGUUUAGGAACGACAAUUCAUAAAAUGUGUUCCGAUAUUAGAAUAUUAGCAUCCAGAAAAGAACUUGAAGAACCUUUUGAGAAAAGUCAAAUUGGAUCUUCAGCAAUGGCUUAUAAGCGUAAUCCAAUGAGAUCUGAGAGAUGUUGCGCUCUUGCUAGGCACAUGAUAUCUUUGUAUUCAAAUGCAGCUAAUACACAUGCCACACAAUGGCUGGAAAGAACCUUGGAUGAUUCAGCUAACAGAAGGCUUACACUUUCUGAAGGAUUUCUUGCAGCUGACGCCGCUCUAUUAACUUUACUUAAUAUUACACAGGGUUUAGUGGUCUAUCCUAAAGUAAUUGAAAAAAAUAUUGCACAAGAGCUUCCAUUUAUGGCUACAGAAAAUAUUAUUAUGGCAAUGGUCAAAGCCGGGGGAGAUCGUCAAGUUUGCCAUGAAAAAAUUCGAGUACUUUCACAAACAGCCGGUGAACAAGUUAAAUUACAUGGCAAGGAUAAUGAUUUAAUAGAACGUAUUCGUAAUGAUUCUUAUUUUGCUCCUAUUUUGAAAGACUUAGAGAGCAUUAUGGAUCCUAAAACAUUUACUGGUCGUGCUGGUGAACAAGUAAUCGAUUUUGUUUCAGAAGAAGUUAAUCCAAUUCUUCAACCAUACGGAGAUAUUUGCAAAAAUAUUAAAGUUGUUACUUUACGAAUUUGAGAAUAUUUAUCGCAAGUUACAAUAAUAAUGAAACUGAAGGAAUUAAAAAAUAAUAAAGUUAUAUUUUUUAUUAAAAAUCUUUUAUAAUAAAUAAAAUUUAUUCACAAUUUUUGUAUAAAAUUCUAUUUUUCUAAUCACAA